UUCACUUUUAAACGCUUCUCAGUCACGUUUUACCUCUUUAAACCUCAUUUUCACUUUAUCAUCAGUGUCAUCCAGCUGCCUGUACCGAGACUUCCCUUAAUGUUUAGAGACUGUUCUCUUUUAACCGAAACACGUGCUUCUACUGAUAAAAACCAACAAACCGGCUCCCUUGUUUCACCUUUUUCUCGCUGCGGGGUCACCGAAGUUACGCCGCGAACCGGGGAUGAUGGACUCUCUGCCAGAUGAUAACUCCCGGUACAAAGACGUGGAGUACUGGGACCAGCGAUACACCACGGAGCGCUGCUACGACUGGCUGGGAAGCUUCUCCAAGUUCCAGCACAUUCUGGAAACAUUUGUCCGGAGAGAAGACUCCAUUUUGAUUUUGGGUUGUGGGAACAGCAGCCUGAGCGCCGACAUGUACAGAGCCGGCUACCGUUCCAUCACCAACAUCGACUACUCCUCCGUCUGCAUCCGCGCCAUGAGCGCCCGGCACGCCGACUGCCCGGGCAUGACCUGGCACCAGAUGGACGUGCGCCGGCUCUGCUUUCCCGACGCCUCCUUCGACGUCGUCUUGGAAAAGGCCACGCUGGACGCCAUCAUGGUGGACGAGAAAACCCCCUGGGAGGUGUCGCCUCAGACCGGCCGCUUCAUGCAUCAAGCGCUGACAGAGGUCAGCCGCUGUUUGAAACCCGGAGGACGCUUCGUCUCGGUGACCUUCGCUCAGCCCUUCUUCAGGAAGCGACUCUACGCUCGCAGCCAGUACGGCUGGUCCAUCGAGCACCGCAGCUACGGCGACGGCUUCCAGUACUUCCUGUUUAUCAUGACCCGCGGAGAGGAGCUGAGCCCCGAGGACGCCGCUCUGGAGAGGAAGCUGCUGGAGGAGGCCGGCGCCCCACCAGUCAUCACCGCCGCCACACACACCGAGGACGAGGAGGGCUUUCUGUCCCGCAUCGACCUCGGGGACGACUCCGCUUUUUAAAGCGUCUCGUGUCUUUAUGCCUGUUCCAUUCAUUCAGCUGCUUUAGCAGUGACAGCUUCGUCUCCGAUCAGAGUCCUCCUCAGUCUGUGUCACAGCUUAUUGUCCCGAGUUACUGAGAAGUAAUCAGUAAUCAGUAAAUAAUUACUAUUUCCAAGUAACUUGACCAACACUGCUGCUGUUUUAUUGACACUAGAGAGCUGCUGCCCAGCCUCCUGAUUGGUCCACAUCCCGGCUUCAGAGCGGCUUCCUGUCUCUGUGGCAUCAGGUCAACAUGGACUCUUGCCUCAGGUUUUCUUCUGGACCCUCAUGAUCCACACCUUCUGUGCCUUCUCGUCCUGCGGGACUCUGGACUGAGAUCUUUUAACCUUGGCGGUCCGUCGAACCUGUUUUACAAUUAAAGUCAU